GGACGUGCCUGAGGUUUAUCCAGGCACUGGCGAGAGGUUGGAGGACUGGCGGAGGCGAGCAGGGAAGGGAGCUGCAACGGAGGGGUCUUCCAAGAGGAAGGAAGGAGGGAGUGAUCCGGCUGCCACCCCAGCAGGGAAGAGGCUUCGCCAGCAGAAGGUGACUGAUGUCUACGGUGGCGAGUGGGUUUCCUUCGCUGGUUGUAUUCCAGCGGGGUGUCCUUCAAUGCCUUCUGCAACCAGGCGUGGAAGGCAUAUCAGCAGGUACUUCUUGAGCAGCCUGGCAGUUCCCCGCGCGUAGUGCUCCCCAACCACUGCGAGAUUGCGAGUAUGCGGGCGGUGGAGACCCACCGUGCGGAGUUGGCGGAGGAGUUGGAGGAGGUGAGGCAGCCAUUCUGGGUGACUGGUGCCACCCUCCUCUCCGAUGGGAGGAAAUCACGAGACGGGAGACCGAUCGUGAAUUUCCUUGCUGCUGGCUCUCGACGGGUCGUCGUGUACACGACGAUUAAUCGAGAGGGCGAGGCGGACGAUGCAGCGCACGUCCUUCGGAGAUGGGUUACCAUCUUCCACGAGUUCAGCUUCGGCGGGCCGCAGCGGAUCAAUGCGAUAUGCACUGACUCCGCUUCUGCCUAUGUGGGGGCUGCGAGGGCAUUGACCUCGCCAUCCAUACCUCCUGCAUUGAGGAGGAUCACUUGGCUCCCGUGCUCCGUCCAUGUCUGCAACAAAUUGUUGUCAAACAUGGGGACGAGUUGCGACGCGUUUGUGGACGCGAUCACACGCGCUCGUGUGCUGGUGGUGUUUUUCAAAACCCACCAAGCCGCCUUUCAUUUUUUUAGGACGCGCAGCCCCGACAAGGGGCUUAUUCUUUCUUGCAAGACACGAUUCGCGUCUUUGUACUCCAUGCUGGAGAGGCUGUUGGCCCUGCAGGACACUCUGCAGGACAUGAUGCGAGGGGACGACGCGCGGGCUUUUGCUUCCAUCCCGUGGUCCGCCGAUGUGUGCAUCAUGGCGCGUUGGGUGCGCCGACAGAGCAGAUGGGAUCCAUGGUGGCCGAGGGUGUCCACCAUCGUCCAUAUCAUGCAGCCCGUCAUGGAGUUGCUCAGGCGGAUGGAUCGUGGAGGACAGUACAUAUCCCUCAUGAUCGAGUGGACGCAGGAUCUUGUCCGUCGUGUCACGGUCGCAUGCGCCCCUUUGGGGAAGUCGUUCGCCGAGCGGAUCAUCAGGCGUGUGCAGGCUCGCACACAGCACAUGCUUGAGACGGCUCACUGCGCAGGUUUCUUACUGAACCCCCGCAGGCGACACGUUCGCUACUUUUCGGGGCAGGUAGAGCGGUCCGAUGCUUGGCUUGUGGGGCAAGCCAAGAGGUACAUUCUAACGCAAACGGGAUUCGAGUUGGAGGGUGCGGAGUAUAUUCUUGCAUGUCGGCAGUUUGAGGACUUCCACAUUCAGCAGGGCAGGUUCGGAGAUUGGGGCGGGCCGGAGGGGCGUGCUCGUGGGCGCGCGUGCAGCGGCGACAGCGAGACGAUUGAGUGCGCGUCUUGGUGGUCUCAGUUCGGGUCGGGCGCGCCAGAGUUGCAGCGUUGCGCUCUUCGAGUGAUGCAUAUGUGUUCUUGCGCCUCUCCAGCGGAGAGGAACUGGCCAGUCCAUGAGGGCAUUCACACGAAGAAGCGCAACCAGUUGGCUUUCGAGAAGGUCGUGCAACUCGUUGAGAUCACCACAAAUGUGCGGUUGAUUGAGUAUCGGCGGGCUGAAUGCGGUUAUGUGCUGCCAUGGCAGCGGGACAAGGGCAUGCUGGAUUGCCAGGCAGGACUCGAGUUGGAGCCUGUGCGCUCGGGGACUCGCAGGGGGAUGAUGGAGGAGGAGAUUGCCCGUCAGGUUGCACUUAUUACCCGGGAUCCCAUCGGGGCGUCCGCACCACCCUCGGCUGAUGCCGUUUUCGCUAGACGUGAUUGGAUUUUUCGUCCCUACCCUAGGGAGGACGACUUAGACGAGGAGCCGAUACCCGAGGCGGCAGAUGACCCUGCGCUCCGCAUUCCCCGAGAGAUCGACGAGACGCACGACGAUCCCGACUCCGAGGAGACAAGGGCACACACUGCACGACGGGCAGCGGACUGGGCGGAGAGGGAGAUGCUGGGGGGAGACGAGGACUUAUGGGGCCCAUUCGGUGAGGUCGUUUCCACUGGCGGCCCAGAGGCGCAGGCGACGACCCCCACUCCAACGAGGUGGGAUUCGUCGAUGCCGCCACCUCCUGCUCCGAGUCCUGCACCACCAUCGCCCGUCUCGCCACUUCAGCCGGACAGGUUACGAUCACCUUCCCCGGGGAUAUUGCAGGAGGAGGGGGCACCUUCGGCAGCAGCAGUGGAGAGUUCAGUGGCACCAGCGACGGUGCGGGACGCGACGAUCGCAGCCGCGGUGGAGGAGAUAGCAGCAGCAGCAGCAGCAGCAUCAGUGCUGGAGGAGAUGGCAACAUCAGUGCUGGAGGAGGAUCCACCAGCGGCAGGAGGAGGUGCAGCAGUGGAGGGGCAGGUGGCAGCAGAAGGAGGAGCAGGUGGAGGAGCAGCAGCAGUGGAGGUUGAGGUGGCAACAGCAGUGGAGGAGGAGGAGGCACCGUCGGCAGCUGCAGUGGAGGUUGAGGUGGCAACAGCAGUGGAGGAGGAGGAGGCACCGUCGGCAGCUGCAGUGGAGGAGGAGAUAGCGGCACAGGCCGAGGUGCAGCGUGGGGGCGAUGACGAGCGCCUCAUGCAGCAGUUCCUCACGAAGGAGCUCGAUCCGACUAUAGCGGUUAUGACCCCGGGUGUGGAGAGGGGGUUCGGGAUUUCAGAUUCGGAGAUGGGGACCCACUUAGACUUAGAUUUGUCGGUGGGCCGUCCACCCAGUUGCGGCGUGGCGACAUCGACGGACCGGGCUCCAUCGAGGGACGAGACGCCAGGCAGGACUUCGACGCAGACCGCGAGAGAGAGGACGUCGACUGAGUCUCCAGAUGCAGCACACGACAUCAUGGAGCGAGAGAGGCCACUUUGCUCCGCAGGAGUCCGUCGUCCUUUGGAUGCAGAGGAGUUGGCUAGAGAGGCUGUGCGCGAUGACACUCGCUUGGACCGGUGGAUCUACGACCAGAGGUUCGAGCACCCACCAAGGCAGACGAUCCCUUCGGUUCCAUGGGGUCCCGCGUCCCCCGUGUGGUCUGGGUCUACCUCCACCGGAGGACAUACCGCGGGAUAUGUUCCAGGGGUUUCGGGUGGCGUGACGGAGACAGCGCCACGCACAGGAGACAUGCCACCCCCUCCUCCCAGAGCACCUGCAGGUGAUCCAUCAUUGUCGCCCACAGGCAGAGGCUCUCGAUCCCCACACACGCCUGGGAGAUCUAGGAUUCGUGACACGACAGCAGUUCAGCAGGACGUGUGUGACACGACGAUAUUCGGGAGGACAUAUAUAGAUUUGGAUUUCACCCGCCGUGUCACGGAGCACACUGCACGCCUUCAGCCGGGCUUGGGAGGAGGAGGUGCUAGGACGACCGCAGCGAGGGAGGUACCGUCAUCAGGUUGUGAGCCUCAGCGAGGUCGUGGCAGAGGAGUGUCGACCGAGACCUUGGAGUACGCUCUGAGAGCAGCGACGCAUGUCGUGCAGGAGCAGACUCCACGCAAGUGUGGAGUGCCUCCUCAUCCACGCCCCGUGCUUGCAGAGGGAGGCGCAGCAUUUGGAGAGAGUUCGGGGGCGGGGGGGUUGGGGAUGCCUCGUGGUUCCCAUCGUGAGCAGACCAUUGCAGAGGUUAGUGCGAGGGUUGUUGUGUUGAGGAAGGGAGGAGGCCCAAUCAUCAUCAAGGAGGAUGAUCCUGAUACGGAUGCGGCUGUGCGGCAUGCGGACGAGGAGCACGAGGGCGAGGAGGGGGGAGAGGAGGAUAGCAGGAGCGGUUCCGAUGGUGACGACGACGACGACUACGAUGAGCCCCCACCUUCCCCAAGCCCCCCACCGACGCGUGCAUCUAGACGCUCCGCUGCACGAACUUCUUCAUCCUCACGAGGGAGGAAGAGGUCGACAUCUGGCACUCGAGGGGGCACGAGGAGACACAGCGGGAAGGGGAAGAAGGGUCGUUGACCGAUGAGGCCAACACUCCGCUUCUCCCCUACUCGCACUGUACGUCGUCAUGUUGUGCGUUUGUAGUUUUUUUGGUAGUCUGAGUCGUCUCGUUUUGUCUUAGUAUUGUCAGACACUC